AACUUCAGUUGAAAGACUUCAAUAUGCAGAAAAAGAUUUUUUUUUAUUGCGCUUUGUAGUUGCUCUAAACCUGGUGGUGUAAAGUUGACGCUGCCAAGAUAUAAAGAUGUCUCCCUCUGCCAUUCCUCAAGCCUCCCUACAGCCAGAUACCGCCCCAGCUUCACCAGCGUGUUCCAGGUGAGCCAUUCAGAAAGGGCCACUGCCUUACAGUCCACCCAGUUGGCUUCAAACGUAACAAACUACCCUGGAAGAUCACACAUUUUGACAGCUGUGAUGGAUGAAACCCCUGCUAGGAUGUGUCUGCAUGUCAUUACCAAUUCCUGCCUGUCAAUGUGCAGUCUGCCCGUCAUUCUCAGGUCAACACAUCGCACAGGAACGCAUAGUGGGAGGAUACGCGCCGGUUCCACAUUCAAUCAAGUACAUUGUGUCGAUACAGACGAGGGACCGGCGGCACGUCUGCGGGGGCUUCUUGAUAAACAAGUACUGGAUAGUCUCAGCAGCACACUGUAACAUUGGGGUACAUAAAAUGCUGAUAGUGGCAGGAGACUAUUCUUUGACCAUUUAUGAGGGAACCGAACAGGAAAUCCUGCCCCACCUUGUGGUGACCCACCCCGCUUACAACAGUACCACAAACAACAGCGACAUUAUGCUUAUUAAGCUGAGGGCCCCCAUCGAUCUGAACAGCUACGUCUCCAUCGCCCUGCUGCCCAGGCAGGGCACCGCCAUAUCAGAGGGCAGGGUGUGUCGGGUGUCGGGCUGGGGAUACACCAGCCCUAGAGGAAGCCAGAUCCCCUCCACCCUCCGAACUGUCAAGCUGCCGAUCAUCUCCUCAAAAAGGUGUAACAGCAGUGAGUCGUUCAACGGCAGCAUCACAGAAAACAUGCUGUGUGCCGGUUACAGCAUCGGUGGGAAGGACGCCUGUCAGGGGGACUCAGGCGGGCCGCUCGUAUGCGACGGCCGGGUCUACGGUGUGGUGUCCUGGGGGAGAGGCUGCGCUGAUGCUCAGUUUCCUGGAGUCUACACGGCUGUGUCCAAGUUCCGCAGGUGGAUAGACAACACCAUAUUCAGCUACUACAGCAAAUGUAACAGGUUUUAGUACCCAGUGUUACUGAGUGGAGGCUCGGCAAGCUUCAUUUCACUGUUGCCUUCUUUGACCUGCUGUUUUAUUUGUUUUACCGUUUGUGGACAUUUAAGGUACAUGGUCACGUGUGAAAGAGAUAUUUUGACAUUUUGGGAAAUUAUCUCAACCCUCGUGUUGUCGUUGAAAGUUUGAAAAUGUGGGGAAAAAAAUAUAUAUUUUCACAGUGAAGCUUCUACUGUCCACCAACAUUUUUGGGAAAUCUUUGAACAUUUUUUUGGUAUGAAAAAAAGAAAUGUUAAAAAUGCUUCUUAAGAACACUCAACAAAAAAAUCAACCAAAAUCCAGCAAAUUUUGCUAGAUUUGGGUUGAUUUUUUGUGAAUGUUCUUAAAGAAAAUAUUAGAAGUUUUACUGAUAUAUGUGUAAUCACUUUAGAUAUUUUUAGCAUUUUUUGGAAGAUUUUUACUCAUUUUUUGGAAAAUAUUUACAAGAAUUUUCUUGACAAAUUUGGUUUAAAAAAACUUUUAAGGGAAACUUUUAAGGAAUUAUGUGAGUUUUCUUCCUGAAGGUUUUGCAAAUUUUCAGAAAUUUGGGGGAAAUUUUUUUGCUGAAGUUUUGAAUUUUUUCAAACAAGGAAGCAAUAUUUUUGGUGCCCCUAAAAUAAGAACAACAGGAGGGUUAAUUGAUUUUCUUGCUGAGAGAUAGAUGGGAAGAUUGAUACUACUCUCAUGGCUGCUACAGUCUGGAUACAUCCAUCCAUCCAUUAUCUGUACACCGCUUACGUUUCAUGAGGAUAUUGGGAGGGGUUGGAGUCUAUCCCCUGGACAGAUCACCAGUCUACCACGGGACUACACAUAGAGACAAAUAAUCACACUCAUAGUAACACCUAUGGACAAUUUAGAAUUACCAAUUAACCUGAGCAUGUUUUUGGACUGCAGGAGGAAGCCGGAGAAAACCAGCCCAGAUACAUGAUAUAUCUACAUCUAACUAAUUAGCAAGAGUGUUUCCUGUUUGUUACUGCCAGUUGUUGUGGCUUGCUGGGCUUCUUCUUCUAUAAUUGUGAUUCCCUCUAUUCUCAUCCCGUAAGGACAGAUAUGAGAGCGGUAUCCGUCUUCUCAUCUCACACUUCCCAAAGUGUUGUAACAUUUCUUCGAGUUUGACAUGUAUCACCUCUGCUGUUGGUCUGUUUUAAGCAUUUCAAAAUCAAAACAAGGGAUGGAUAAUCCACCAACAUCCUCAGGCAAAAUAUGUUGACCACAUCUCCACAGCAUCAAGACUGAGGUGCCAUAUCACCGCUUCAAUAUCAUUCAGAAUCAGAGCUUUCAUGAAGAAGUAUUUGAAAUGCUGUAAGCAGGUGAACUCACAUUCCACCACAGUGUAACCGGUGCUGCAGCAGCAACAUCACAGUUAAUGUGAGAGACACACCGACAGCGACAGAUGCAAGGCGAUACAGCAGACCUGCAAAAAAAAACACAAAAAAAACAUACACUCUAUGAAGCGCACAGUGUUUUGUUUUGUUACACUGGAGCAGAAACUAUUAAAAAUUAAACUGAAGCUUUUUUUGAUUAUCAGUUUAUCUAAGCAGUUUCCAUUUUCUUACAUUAUUGUGCAAUGAUAAUCUCUGCUCGUGCUGUUUUCCUGUAUUUCCUGGUGUAACAAUUAAUGAAUUAAUGAAGGAAAUAGUCAAAUUUUAACUGAACAUGAGAAUAAUUACUUUCAGCACUGAAGAUUUCCAAAUCGUCAGGAGAGUAUUUUUUAUUCAACAAGUUUGUUGUAUUGGAUUGCAAAAACAAGCAUCAAAUGGUCAAAUUCCAGCUUUCGAUCAGCUCUAAUACCAAUAGAUUGAUUUAUUCCUCGCAGUCACAUUUAAUCAAUAAUAGACAAUGCAUACAUGCAGAAUUUCUGUUCCAUGACUUUGAACAUGAACUAACUCAGUUACAAUAAUUAAGCGCUUAUUUACUGCAUCUGUGUGUGUGGUGGGGGAAGACAGCGAAGCUGCUGCUUGGUAAGCAUGUAUCAGGGUUUUAGAAUGAAGUCCAGUUAGUAAGUAGUACUGAUUGCUGCCAAUUUCACGUGAUGUAUUUAUGGACUGAGCAUAAAGCACCUUUAUAAGUGUGAGAGAUGAUUAAAUGCAUGGAAGUAGGUGGAUGAAUUGUGAGUGUGUUUCAAAGCAACAAAAUAAACUGUGUUUUCUUGUUUUAUACACUCGAAUAAAUGACUGAUCGUCUUUGUCUUUUUUUUCCA